AAAGAAUCUUAGGCAAAAAAAAGAAAAUUAAUCAGAUUAUCUCAAACAAUUCUAAAUACAAUAUUCCCAACUCACAUUAUUCUGCAAUGGCAAUCAAACAAAAGAUUAGUAAAUCCAAAAAGGUGUCUUCCAAAAAGAAGGAAAAGCAAGAAAGUAGUGAAUCCGAAUCCGAAUCUGAUUCUGAUUCUGAUUCUUCAACUUCUUCUGAUAGUGAAAGUGAACAUGAAGUCGCGCUGAAGAAACAAAAUGAUUCCAAAUUUAAAGCAUCAUUAAUUACAAAAUCUUCAAAUAAAGACAGUGAAAGUGAUUCAAGUUCUGACGGCAGCAGUGACGAUGACAGCGACAGCGACAGCGAUGGUGAUAGCGAUAAUGCUAAUGUUGGUCAAACUGUUUCAAAAGCUCAGCUCUCAAAAAAUUCUACAAAAAGCAACAUAAAAAAGAUUAAAUCUGACGAAAAAACAAACAAAGACAAAAGCACUGAUAAUGAAAGUGAAAGUGAAAGUGAAAGUGAAAGUGAAAGUGAAAGUGAAAGUGAUAGUGAUAGUGAUAGUGAUAGUGAUUCAGAUGCAAAGACUGUUAGCAAAAAGGAAACAUUAAAAGAAUCUUCAAAAAAAGAGGCUUCAAAGACAGUAAAUGAUUCCGAUUCAAGUUCAUCAGAUUCCAAUUCUGAUUCUGAUUCUGAUUCCGAUUCAGAAUCGAAAUCAAAACCAAAAUCGAAAUCGAAACCUAAAACCAAAACUAAAUCAAAUUCUUCAAGUUCAUCAGAUUCUGAUUCUGAUUCUGAUUCUAAUUCUGAUUCUGAUUCUGAUUCUGAUUCUGAUUCUGAUUCUGAUUCUGAUUCUGAUUCGGAAAGUCAAUCACAGGAAGAUGAAAAAGAACCAAUUAAAGAAGUCGACACAUUUAAAAAAAAGAGUGCAGCCGAUGCCCUUAACGAUAAUUCUUUCAAAAAGAGAAGUGCUGUUGAUUCAUUCAAUAAUAAUGCUCAAAAAAAAUUCAAAUCUGAUUCAUCUUUUAAUGACAAUGCUGGGGCCUCUUCGACUUUAUUUGUUGGAAGAUUAUCUUGGAAUGUUGAUAGUGAUUGGUUGAAAAGGGAGUUUGAAGGUGCUGGCGGUGUCGUAUCUGCUCGAGUUAUAUCAGACCAAGCUACUGGAAAAUCGCGUGGAUAUGGUUAUGUUGAUUUUUCUUCUCCAGAAGAUGCUCAAAAGGCUUUAAAAGAAUUGCAAGGUAAAGAUGUUGACGGAAGACCAAUAAACUUGGAUUUGGCUAAGGCCAAACCAGCCCAGGCACCAAGAACUCAAAAUAGAGCCAAUUCUUAUGGCGACAAAAGAUCACCUCCUUCAGACACUCUUUUUGUUGGUAAUUUAUCAUUCAGAUCUACACAAGAUUCAAUAUGGAAUAAGUUUGCUGAAGUUGCUGAAGUUGUGGGUGUUCGUAUUCCAACUGAUAGAGAAACUGAAAAACCAAAGGGUUUUGGUUAUGUUCAAUUCAAAUCGAUUGAUGAUGCCAAAAAUGCUUUAGAAAAACUUAAUGGAGAGUAUAUCGAUGGAAGAGCUGUGAGAUUAGACUUCAGUGCUCCCCGUCAAAGAUAAGUAGCUUGUACAAUUAGUAGGUAGAUCAUAUUUUUGUUUGAGAUUUGUUUUAUACUUAUAGUAGUGUUAAUUUACAUUUUUUUUUUCAUUUUUUUUUGAUUUAAAUUUCUUGACACUAUACAUAUGAAAUAAAAAAUAUAA